UUGAAUUUUGUCAUUACGUUCCAACAUGGCGGUUCAUUGUGUUGAGCUGCUGGGAAGUUAGAGAAAUUUGAAGAUAAAUAAACAAGACAUUAUCAGAGCAAACUGCCCUUUUGACAUUUAUACAGCGUAUUUAACUAUUAAGAAGCUUUAUGUACAACAACCUGCCUUGUGAGCUGCGCAACUUUUCAGUUACGAUUGAAAACUUACUUCAAUGUUCUCAACAUGCUAGCCUUUGAGCUAGGUUGGCUAACGUUAGUACAGUUCGGAGUCCUUUUAUUAAUAUAGUAUCAUCUUCAAAUUAAAGCAAUGUUGGGGUUUCUCACAGCCAGGCAGGCUGGUGUGGAUGAUCCUCUGCGAUUGAGGCGUGCUGAGUCAACGCGGAGGGUCCUGAGUCUGAAGUUGAAUCCUGACAGAGAUGUUGAUAGAGUCCAUGGAAAUGGCAUCAACACCAUUGACAUUGACGCAGUAGAAGGCAGAUACAUGUUGUCUGGCGGCGCAGAUGGAGUGAUUGUCAUCUAUGACCUGGAAAACUACAGUAGGAAACAACAGUACAGCUGCAAGGCAGUUUGCACAGUAGGCAGAUCGAGUCGAUAUGUCCACAAAUUCAGCGUAGAGACAGUCCAGUGGUAUCCGUAUGACACCGGCAUGUUUGUCUCAAGUUCCUUUGACAAGACAAUGAAGGUCUGGGACUCUGAGACACUGAAGCCUGCUGAAGUCUUUGAGUUUGAGGGCAAUGUCUACAGCCACCACCUAUCCCCCAUCGCCAGGAAGCACAGUCUCAUUGCAGUUGGCACCAAAGACCCUAAAAUCCAGCUGUGUGACCUGAAGUCUGGUUCACGGAUUCAUGUUCUUCAGGGUCACAGAUCAGAGAUCCUGUCUGUGCGGUGGUCGCCCCGAUAUGAUCACAUCUUAGCCACUGCCAGUGCAGACAGCAAAGUGAAAGUAUGGGAUGUGCGUCAGGCUUCCGGUAGUCUCUUCACUCUGGACCAACACAAUGGAGACAAAUCAAAAGCCUCGUCUGAGGCAGUGAACACGGCUCAUAAUGGUAGAGUGAACGGCCUGUGCUUCACUGGCGAUGGCCUCUACCUCCUCACCACUGGAACUGAUGACCGUAUGCGACUAUGGAAUAGUGCCACUGGGGAAAACACACUGGUAAAUUACGGGAAGGUCUGCAACGAGAGUCGUAAAAGACUACAAUUCACAGUGUCACGUGGCUGCAGCCCAGAGUUUGUGUUUGUGCCAUGCGGCAGCUCAGUGGCUGUGUAUGCCCUACACACGGGAGAGCUGGUCACUACGCUCAGAGGUCACUACAACAAUGUCGACUGCUGCGAGUUUCACCCAGACUACCAGGAGCUCUAUAGUGGAGGUAAAGACUGUAACAUCCUGGCGUGGGUUCCUGUCCCUCGUGCCUCAGAUGUGGAAGAAGAGUCAAAAAGUGCAAAUCAGGCUGCUGCGGACCAGUCCUCGGUGAACCCUGCCUUUCAGGAUGCAUGGAGUAGUGAUGAAGACUAACGCUGUUUUCCAUGUGUGGCUAUGGAAAUGUGCACACAUCUGGAAGAUUAUCUUCUAGUGAAACAUGUGAAGAUAAUUAUGGCUUUGGGGAAACCUCUCUUGUUUCAUGAUUGCAGACUGAGAUAAAAAUGGUAAAUUUGAAUGUAUAAAUAAUUGUACAAUAUUAUAAAGAUGCAAAAAUGGGUUUCUGUACAUUUGAUAUUGCAAUGUUUUCAUUUUAAUUUGUUGACGUAAAGCUGGCAGGGUCCUUAAUAUGCAUAUCAAGUCUUACAUUUUGCAAAUGUCAUGUCAACAAGUUCCAAGCCAAUUUUGUGUUUUUAAUCAUUGGGGGAAUAUCUACAAUAUUUUGGGCAAAUAAGAAUAUCUUGAUUGUUAUGUUUUGAGACUAGCCAGAUCAUAUCUACUUUCAUUUUAUAACACUCACACGUUAUGGUGCUGACAUUAUACUAGUUUGAGACAUUUUGAACAUGUACUGUAUGUAUAAUGUGGGGUGAGUCUUUCUAAGUGUUUUUUUUUAAACACAGUGUACAAGAGACUGGCCACAUGGGAGUUAGUAAUAGGUAUUAAAACGCACCAUUGUCUUGCCAUUCCCAGCUCAAUUUACAUGUGUUUGUAAGUCUGCCGUUUGUUGAAACUAGCUCUAAGAGUGAAUCCAUUCUCUCUGUCCCACCCUUCUCAUUGUUUUACGUGUUGCCUCAGACUGAAUGACCCAAAUGAGGCUUAAUACUGACACCAAAAACAUAACACACACACAUCAGUCAUUGAUGAAGUUAUCCUUUUGAAAUAUACCAUUAUCUUUUAGCAUAUGAAGUAAUUGUUUUAUGAAAAAAAAUGUUAUCCAGUAUACUGUUUCUUUCCAGUACUUUAUCUUUUUGUCACAUUACCUCAAGUGUCUUGAAUUUUACAGUUUGAACUAGUAUAUCUUAUAAUAAAAACACCGGGAAUGUUA